GUCACGACCCACCCAGGAGGAUGAUGGAUGCGAUGUGCAUAUGUGCCGAGUAAAAACAAAUCUUCUUUUAUUUUCCCCCAUAAAGUAGAGUGCAGUUCUAUGCUCAUCCAUGUACAUGCCCCAUAGGUACUGUACACGCAUGGCAGGCUGUGAAGACCUAUCGAGUAAUGGUGGCCAGUCUCCGCAUAAUCACAGCGAUUUGACAAAAUACAUGUAUGGCAUUAAAUCAUGUCUCUGAUUGAGGGGAUCGGGGAUGAGGUAACUAUCUUGGUGACUGUCAUUGUUGCAGUAACAACUGUGGUAGCUGCCUGGUUUUCAACAUCUGUAACUGAACAGCAGCCUUAUUGGCAAGAUGAGCCUGCUGUUUCAGGAUCUUCAGUAGAUCCUGAACCAUUGUCUCAGCAGUCAACAACAUAUUCAGAUGAUGGCCUUGGAGAGGUGAGAGAAGCUACUGAAGAUGUUUCUUCAGGAAUCUCCAGCGAGGGAUUGCAAGUUUCUUCAGAGGAUAGUAUUAGGAAUGUUCAGUUGUCAGAGACUGAGUUGCAUGUAAGUUCUGAAGACCAAGCUGCAUUUGAAGAGAGAGUAAUUGCAAGUUCCAGUGCUUGUACAGAAAGUCUUUUUAAAAAUGAGGAGAGUCGGUAUGAAGAAGGACCAAAGCAGAAUACCCAAAGUCAAAAUUCAAGUUUUGAAUGCAUUGAAGCAACAGAUAAUUUGAGUGAAAGCAGUACUUUAAAGAUCAGUUUAGACUCCCCUGGCUUAGAUAGUGUAGAUGGAGUAAGUACUCCUGAGAAAUCUUCAUCUGAUUUUGCAGAGGAGAGAGUGGAGGAUGUACAAAUUCAUUUGGAAGAGCAGAGUGUCAGAAGAAGGCAAAUCCCAAGUACAUGUACUGCUGCUGAGAAUUCAGAUAUCCAAACAGCUCAAAACCAAACAGAUCAAUUGCAAUUAAUCUGUGGAACAGAGACCCAUGAAGACAACCACCCAGAGAACACUUCUCUUGAUAAUGUUAGGAGGACAAAUCAACCUCAAUUGAUGAGAGAUCAAGCAUCAAGUGGUGUGAUAACCAUUAAGUUGAGGUUUCUAGAUGAAACAGAAAGGCUUGUCUCAACAAAUAUUGAAGAUACUCUUGGCAAUUUUAAAAGAGAUACCUUUUCAUCUGAGCUUCAGUCAGGCCAGACAGUUCGUCUAAUCUCUAAUGGUCAGCUGUUAUCAGAAGAAAGCCGAACAUUAGCUUCAUAUGGUAUCACCAACCAACAAGUUAUCCAUUGUCAGAUAUCCCAAACUUCUUCUCAUACUCAUCAAGAGCACCAGAAUGUAGACACAGGAGAUGGUGACUUUGAUCUUGGCAGAUAUAUGGUCCCCCUCUUUGCUUGUAUUCUUGCCUUCAUGUGGUACCUAAGGUUCCAAUAUAGAUAUAUGUUUAAUGCAACCUCUACACUUUCCCUUACAGCUGUAACAGCCGUUUUCAUUUUGGCUUUAUUGGCUGUCUGGCGGGCAUGAUUUUCUUCUUUUUAAAAUCUUUCUCUCGUUUCUGUUGAUAUGUUUCUGAUUGAAUUCUGUUUUCUAUUUUAAGCUUGGGAGGGAUUUGUAGAAUGAGUGGUCGAGAAAGCAUCAAAGUUCUCCGGUCGUGCUUUUCAACAAUUUGACUUGAGUGCUCUGUUGAACUAUAGUUCGAAAUUUUUCAAAUGGCACUCAGUGCUUUAAUACAGCCAUGGGAAAUAUCCUUGAGAAGAUGUAGAAGAAUUACAGAUUACACUUUGUCAGUUCUGUGUAUGAUGAAAUUUGGAUGAGAAGAAGGCACAAUGCCUGAAAUUUACAUUACAUGGCAUUCUUAAUUUCGAUGGGCAAAUAAAAAAAAGUCUGCGUAAUACUCCAAAUUUACUGCUUUUACUUUACUUGCCACGCCUCUGAAUUUUAGAUGUAUCCGGAUUUGAUUUUAAUGUUGGUGAAUUUGUGUUAGAAUACUAGUCAUUCUUUUCUUUCUGUUGGCGUAUUAUUGAUGAAUCAAGAAGUUUAUUUUAUAUAACCAUUAAAUAAUCUAUCAACAGUAUUAUGCAGAGUUUGCAGACCAUGAGAUGUGACAUGAAUGAAAUCAUUGAUGUUUACCCUUGUAUAAAAGAGCAUUUUUCGCUAUGGAUUAUUUCACCAUUUUGUAUUAUGUGUUUAGAAACAAACAUAUUGAUAUUUUAGUUUCAUUUAUGGGACAGUCUUUGAUUGUCAGAUCUAACAAUUAUCUUGUAAUAUUUUUCUCAUGCAUUAUUAUCUUCUCUGUUGCUGUCAGUAUUUUCAUCCAUUAGUGUGGUCUGUAAAAAGAUUAUCUAAAAGCAUUGCUGUAUGCAAAGGUCAUGAUCAAUUCAUCCUUUAUAAUUAUCAUACACUCAGAAUUCAACAGUAUUUUACUUUGACAGGGCAAAAUUAUUUGCAUUUUAUAGGACAGUUUGGUAUUCUUAUACUUUUAAUUUCAUCAGAAUGUUAUGUAUCAGUUACCAAUCUCUAUUUAAACAAAGGAUAAAUUGUCCUUCUUGUACUUUGUUAUAUGUAUGUAUGCACAGAACUGAGUGUUAACUGUGUGAAUACAGUUUUAGGGAGGUAUCUGGAGAAACGUGUAGCAGUUUGGUAGGCGAAUGCCCAAUAUACAUGCACAUCUUGUGCAUUCUUUUUUAUAUUGCUCAUCCUGGAGUGCUCAUACAGACCUCCCACCUAUUCUUAAUUUGGAAGGAAGAAUCUGAAUUUUGACUUUUUUCCAGCUUUUCUUAAAUAUAUUUCCUUGUACUUGAUAAUUUUACCACCGGAACUGUGACACCAGAACUUAAAUCCUAAAAGUAUCAGAAAUGCUGUUCCUUUACAAUUUUUUUUAUCAAAAGCACCAUAUUGUUAGAAUAUAGCAGGGAAGUUUGCAUAGUCUGCCCCUAUUUAUUGAGCCUACAAACACUGUCUAACUAAUCUAAUGGGUUUUCUUCCCCUGUGGGAGAACUAGUCAAGGGGUAUUUCUUUAAAUUGUUUGUCCAAACUAAACUUUAGCCUACUUUUAUCUAGCUUUCAUUAUUGCUCUAUCUGGCUUGUCUUUCUGAACCUUUCAUAUUCUCAAGAAACCUAAUGGCCGAAUUCACAAAGGGGUUUUUUAAAACCAUCGGUUGAACCCAUGGUUUAUGUAGAUUUCCUAUAUAAAUUACACUGAUUUACCACAUAUAUUUAAAAUGUCCAAUGCUAAUGUUUGCUUUUUUCACAGUGCACCAAAUUGACACCUGUUGCUAUGGGUAAGUACGCUCUUAUUCAUGAGUCCACUGUUUGAAGAGUGGACUCGUUAAUUAAAAACCGUGGACUCAUUAAUAAAUUAGCAUGGAUAAACCAUGGCAAAAGGCGUCAAUUUCGCGCACUUGACAAAAGCGCGCAUCAAUUAAUAGACAAGGUAAAUAAGUGUAAUUUUUACAGGAAAUCUGCCAUGGGAAUCAUGGGAUCAACCAAUGGUUUUAAAAACCACCUUUGUGAUUUCGGGCCAAUAUGUUUGACAAUUGAAUAAAUAGUGACAUAGCUGGACAAACUAGUUUUUCGUUCAUACAUAUACUUACCACUGAUGUUUAUAUUGAUAAAAAUAUAUGGUUCAUGUAAUCAGUGCAAUAUCUUUAAUUAUCAAAUGUUUGUACUAAGAUUUGAAAAGGUUCAAACAUGUAUUUUAUCGUAUUUUAAUUACUGUUACUGAAAUGAAUGAAUUUUGAAUUAUAUGCCAAUUUUUCCUUUCAUAAUUAUUUUUUUCUUUUUACUAAAUCCUUUCAUCAUAGCAAAGUUUUAUUGUAUUCUAAAGCACUCAAAACAAUGUAAUUGGCAGAGUUGAUAUAGAGGAAAUGAGCUCCAAUGCCUACUAUUCAUCAUUUAUUUCUUCUUCUAGUACUACAGAAAAUAUUUCAAAUCUUUACUUUUCUUCUCCUUUUUCAGAAUCUUUUGUCAUUUUUUUAUCUCCUACAUGAUUUUAUACAUUUUCCUUAGAAAUAAAAAUGUUAAUUUUACUUAAAAUAUCAAGAUCAUAGUUUAUAUGAAAUAGCCAUUUACAUGUGAAUUGAAGCAUCACAUGUCUGUGUGAAUGACUAAAAUGAAAAGAUUCA